AUGUCGGCGCAGCUCCAGGAGUCGGCCUCCAAUCCGCCUUCUCACGACCCAUCGGCUAGGUCAACGCCGGCCCCUCCGCCUGAGGUCACGCGACCGCCUAUGCGAAAUGCAGCCGCCGUCAGCAAGAGCCCAUACGUCCAGUUGCAAAAGGGCAGUGAUGUGCGAUGGCAGCUCUUCAGCGAUGAAGCCAUUGAGCGCGCAAAGUCCGAGAACAAGCUGAUAUAUCUGCAUAUUGGGUUCAGUGCUUCACAUUACUGCUAUCUCAUGAUGCAAGAGUCCUUUACCAACCGCAAAGUCGUCAAUCUCCUGAAUGAGCGCUUCAUUCCUAUUAUCGUCGAUCGAGAGGAGCGGCCCGACCUCGACCACAUCUACAUGAACUACAUCCACUCCCUCAACAGUGUUGCCGGACAUCCGAUAAAUGUCUUCUUGACCCCCGAGCUGGAGCCUGUAUUUGGGGGCACAUAUUUCCCCGGUCCUGUAAGCCAACAUGGCACAAUCGCAUCUACUAACGGUGAAGACCUAGCCGACUUCUUGUUCCUCCUUGAGAAGCUCCAGACCAUGUGGCCGGAUCAGGAGAGCCAGAUUCGCCAAGACGGCAAGAAAAACGUCAGCGAACUGCGCAAAAUGGUUGAUGGUACACUGGGUCGGUCCGAUGGCGGCGAUGUGGAUCUCGACCAGCUGGAGGAGGCUUAUGCCAAAAUAUCCAAGGACUUCGACCAAACGUACGGUGGGUUCAUCCAUAUACCCCCGAAUGCAUCAACGGAUUUGGCCGGAAGAGUCGAUGUGGUGCAGCUGGAGGAAGUCUACAACUACAUCAAGAAGACGCCGAAAUACCUCACCUCCGCCAAGGUAUCCUUCCUUCUCAGAGCGACGUGCUUCCCACGACCCGUCGUAGAUGUUGUAGGCGAUCAGCUUACUGGGCUCGUGUCGACGUUCGCGCUCAACGGAUGCCUGCGGCCCAUGAAUGCCGGAGGUAUUCAUGAUCAACUCGGCGGCGGUCUCCACCGGUGUUCUACCAGUAGAGACUGGUCACUGCCGAGUUUCGAGAAACUGAUGUCCGACAACGCCCUCAUGCUAGGUGUCUACUUGGACGCAUGGCUGCUUCUCAAAGCUACCAAGGCUGCCGAAUUCCGUGACAUUGUCUUCGAGAUGGCCGACUACCUGACGAGCGCGCCGAUAAUGCUGGAAAGUGAUGGGUUUGCGACGAGCGAGGCAGCAGAUUCUUCCGACCGGAGAGGCGACAAUAAUAUGCAUCACGGCGCAUAUUACCUGUGGACCAGAAAGGAGUUCGACGCUGUCAUUCGAGACGAACAGGAGAGUGCAAUUGCGGCGGCGUACUGGGAUGUCCAGCAGCACGGCAACGUUGACAGGAGUCAAGACCCGCACGAUGAAUACCUUAACCAGAACAUCUUACGGACGGUCAAGAGCCUCAAGGAGUUGAGCCUGCAAUUUAGUAUUCCAGAGGAAGAGGCAUUGAAACGAAUUGACUCUGCGCGACGGAAAUUGCGCGCCUUUAGGGAGUCAGAGCGCGUGCGGCCUACUGUCGAUGUAAAGGUCGUCACAGCCUAUAAUGGCAUGGCCAUUAAUUCUCUAUCCCGAACAGCCGCUGCCUGUAUCUCUGUCGACGGGGAAGCGGAGAGAGGUGCUAGAUACCUCGAAGCUGCAAGGAGGGCCGCUGUCUUCAUCAAAAGCAAGCUCUGGGAUCCAACAGAGAAGACGUUGUACCGGAUGUAUUACGAUGGCGGACGAGCAGAUACCAAGGCUUUCGCGGAAGAUUAUGCCUUCUUGAUUGAGGGUCUUCUGGAACUGUAUGGUGCUACAGUGGAUGAGUCUUGGCUUGAGUGGGCGGAUGAACUGCAAUCAAUCCAAAUCAAACACUUCUACGACACCCCUGCGAUCUACAACCAUGCCAUUCACAGCGGUGCUAGAUGCGGCGCCUUUUACUCCACAACCCAAGAUGCUCCGCACAUCCUCCUGCGUAUCAAAGACGCCAUGGACACCGCCCAGCCCUCAAUCAACGCUGUCUCGGCAUCGAAUCUGUUCCGCCUUGGCUCACUUCUAGACGACCAAAACUACACUAGCCACGCCGUUGAGACAGUCAACGCCUUCGAGGCUGAGAUACUUCAAUAUCCAUAUCUCUACCCGGGACUGCUGUCGUGCGUCGUGUGGUGGAAACUGGGAGGACAGCGGUGGAUCUCCAACGGUUCGGCAGACCAGGAAAAUAUCAAGCAGUAUCGCCUGGCUCCGCGGGGUAUUUUGUGGACGAUGUUGUAUGCUAACCCCUCUAGUGGUUUCUUGAGACGGAGAAGCCGGACACUGGUGGAGAAGUUGGCUGGGAAGAAGGAAGGGGUUUACUCAUUGGAUAAGGUAGGAGAGUUACAGCAGGUUUGAGAGUAGAAUAUCAAGGUAUAACAAUGGUGCUUUUUUCGCUGGAUAAACCGAAGACAUACGGACUUGACAUGAACUGAGUAUGAGCGUGAGCACGACCAUGCAGAAUGGGUUUGCAUAGCGGUUGGAUAAUGGACGAGCUUGAGCAUAUUGAUCAAGAAAUAUAGUCUGGUUCAUUUGAGUUGCCCUGCUAGGUGCUCUUGAUGGAGUUUGGGCAGGCAGCGUGGUUUGGUUGGGUUGAUUGGAUGGCCGCCGGGAGUUGGGGCCACCCAGGCGUUCUGCACAUAUCAUACCGUUAUGACUCUCGCAUUUCUGAAUUGGAAUGAAGAGAAAUUGAUGGUUGAUUCGGUGCUUUACCCUCCAAGAAAGUCCAAAAGACAAAAGGAAAUUGAAACAAAC